AGUACGUUUAGUCUUUCUGUUUCGUUCGAACCAAUAUCAAGCAUAAGAAAAAUGAAACUCUUUUGGUUUUUAGUAUCAUGUGUCAUUGUAAUUGUUUCAACAGAUGAACGAACGGAUUAUAAAAGAUCCGUCUCCAUUACAAAUAACCACUUAUACCGUGCUAAUGGAAUGACUAUCGCAAAUACACAAACUGGUUUAAUGGAAAAUGCAUUGGAGCAUGUAAUUGAACAAAUUGUAGAUAAUGAUCAUUAUAGUUUAGAAUUUAUGAAUAAUAUGUUCGCUGUACCGGACUUCUUCUAUAGUAGAAGCUUUCCUGUUUGCGAAGGUAUCCAGACAAUGUUACGAAGGGAAAUACAUCAUCACCUAGGUGUUAUUUUUCCUAAUGAUCCAGACCCAAAUUUUGAAUCAUAUACUUUGAUAGUACUAGCCGCACAAAGAAGAACUGUUACUCUGGAAGCUUUAAAACGAAUGUGGAACCGGUCAAUAGUUAGAAAUUAUAUAUAUAGUGUUCAUGUGGGGUGUCGUUUCAUUGCGGUCUUCAUCAGUACAAAGUACCCUACACACUUGUCAAAAAAUGUUGAGGACGUUGGUGAUCAGUGUACCAUAUCGCAUGUAGUACCAAAUAGUUGGCAAAUAACUAAAACAUUUAGAAAAUUUAAGUGGACCGGAUGGAAAGAAGUCAUCGGCGAUGACAUGGAUGAUUUUCGACCACUCCAACCAGAACCAGUUGUAACUCAUUUACAAUGAAAAUGUAUAAAUUUUUGUUUUAUUUAAAUAAUAUUUACAUUUUGCACUUAUAUACCUUAUACCACUUAUAUCACUUAUACUUGUUAAUUUACAAUUUAAUGUAAUUCACAAUAAACAGUUCACGAUUAUAAUGAAA